AGCCUUUCUUCACGAGGUGCGCUAUGUCGAUGUAGGUAUGAUCGCUUCUUAUCUGGAUGUCAGUGAUUGGUGCCCGCCUCGUUUGUCGUCUCGAAAGCUUUCUCUUCCGAAGCCCAUGUCUAGAACCUUUGUGAGGGCUGUGAUAACCACGGAUUGCCUCAUCUGGGAGCAUGAGAGUUUGCUAGGCUGCGCCGGCUGAAUCGGCAGUGUGCAUUGGGUUGGCACUAUGGGUGUCAGACGCUCAAUAUCGUCAUGUUAAGGGUCUCGAGAGUUCCCGUUCUAAUUUUUAUCAGAACCCCGAGAGCUUUGGGUUAUUUCCUUCUUCUCAUUUCUGACUCUAUUCUUGUCUUCCUCAGAUUCAUCUUCACUUUUAAACACAAGUUCUUCAUCAAUUGGUUCUCUCUCAUUUUUCACAGCUCGCAAUCAUUGUAAAUAUGGCUCCCAAGCAAGAACAAGAGUCUGCCCUCUUGAACCCUCUCGUCGAUGGCCAAGAUACAGAUGAAGACUCAGAAUCCUACCAUUAUGUCCCUCCUCGAAGGCGGCGUUGCUCUGCAUGCAGAUGCGUCGGAUGGAUCUUCACUUUACUCUCAAUUAUCUUUAUCUCAGCACUCUCAGGUGCUUGGAUCUCAAUGGCAUAUCUCAACAUUGACCAGACAUGUGCUGCACACACAACAUCAUGGUCACCGGUUCUGAAGGACGUUUCGAUAAAAUACCACGAACAACCAUUUGAUGGAAACUUUAUGGAGGAGAAUGACUUCCGCAAGAACGGCUCUGCUAAAGUCGAUGAAGCGUGGGAAUCACUUGGUGUUGACUAUCGACCUGGUGUCAUCUCAUAUGAAGACGGAAUUGCCAGCGGUCUCACUGAUGCCCAUGUCCAAGUUAGUCCUGAGCAUGGCGGCGGUUUCAUUGUUAAUGUUGAGGGCAUGCAUCACCUUCACUGUCUGAACCUCGUCCGCAAGUCUCUCUACUUCAAUUACGACCACUACAAGGCCCUGGGUGGACAUGCCUUCAAGAACGAAGGCGAAGUCUUCCGCCUGCACGUCACACACUGUCUCGAUACAAUUCGCCAAGUUCUCAUGUGCAACGUUGAUACUGGUGUUCUUGGACAAGUCUGGUAUGAUAGGAAGAACCCCAGCGCGUUUCCCGACUUCAACACCAAACACACUUGCAAGAACUACAACGAUAUCAAGAAGUGGUCAGAGAAGCUUCAGGCUCCUCCUCCUGGUACACUGCCCCCAGACUUCCUCGCCAACCCGCACCCAGAGCACGUUCUUGAGUUUACACCAUAAUGGCACAUAUUCCCUCCACGAUAUAAAUUCUAUGAGUUUCGAAGACGAUAAUGCAAAUUCUUUAAUGUUUCUUGGGUCACAUGUAGAUAGGCAUCGUGCAUAUACACCAAGCAGGCUUCAACGCCACCAAUAUUAUAAUACCUUCCUUUCAUACAUACACUCAGAAAUCUCUCUGUGAAAGCUCUCUAAGAAACUCUCACUGUGUCUUUCAAGAUUUAAAUAUACCGGCCUUAUCAUGUCAGCCUUUUAAGAUCGAGUGGCUUCCGGGUGCUCGGUCAGCAUGUCUCAGUUCGUGUAGGGCUGUAGUAAACUUCACUCAUUCUACAUCCGGAUAGAAGUUUCAACAUGGAAAUCUCAGCCGCACGAAAGAAAUGCGCUUACAGAGAUGCAUAUUUUAGGAAACGGCUAAUCCAGCCGCCCAGCCGUUUGGCCGGAAACGGUUCAUCAACGUGGUGGCAGUCAACAUUCCAGUCCAAGGCCAGCAUCGUCACGGGAUAACAGACUUCACGUAAAUGGACUGAAAAUACGAGAGUAAGUUUACUUGAUAUUGGUGUGGCAGAGCCUACUAAACGAGUGACCUUGUAGCUUCCUCCAGACCAUAAGAGAGUGUAUCAGAUAUGUAUCUGUACUAGGUCAAACCAUAUUCCUUCGUAUCAUCCCGAGCUUCAAUUAAGCCUUGACCUCAGCCUGAAGACGGUGGAAGCCACCAGAAGCAGCAACGUCCUUCUGAAGCUGAGCAAUACGCUUCUGGUCCCCAGUAGGGUCACUAGACUCUCCAGAAAGAGUCCACUCGAGGUACGAGUUGGUGUAGUUGGGCUCAAAGCUCUCGUCCAGAACACCAAGACGCUUGCCGUACUUGGUGACCUUCUCCCAGUCACGCUUGACGUUCUUGAGGUCCUUGCUGAAGUAGGCAAAGCUGCGCUCAAAGAUCUUGUGGUUGAGCGCGGUGCCCAUGACGGGCUUGAAGUCGACGUACUCAGCCCAGGCCUUCUCGGGCUCGGCGAGGACAAAGUCGGUGGCCUUCUUCACGGCACGAAGGAAUGAGCGGACCUUCUCGGGGUUCUCAGCGAGGAAUUUCUCGUUACCGAUGUAGAGGAUGGUGCAGAAGCAGCAGCAGCCGAGCUCUGCGAGCUCAUCGAUGCGAAGCAUCUGAACAUCAUCCUUGGGACGGCCCUGGGCAGAGAGCCACUCCUCGAGCUCAACCAUCUGGACGUUCUCCAGACCAAUACCGGCAUCGAUCUCGCCCUUGAUGAUGGCCUUGGAGACAUUCAUACCACAGCGCACGGCAGUAUAGUCAUCAGGAGUCAUGCCAUAGUGCGAGGUAAGCUCGUCAAUCUGGAUCUUGCCAAAUUCACCAACAUAGCCGAUGCGCUUGCCCUUGAGGGUGCGGAAGUCGGUGGUGAUGCCAGAGUCCUUGAGGUAGACGACGCCAGUGAAUGGCUCGUCGAGAAGACUACCGAUGGACUGGACGGGGAAGUUUCGAGCCUUGGCAGCCAGAGUGUGAAUCAUGGCCUUGAAGCCAAGGUCGACCUUGCCAGUACCAAUGAUCUCAGUGACAUCCUGGGAGGCCAUCAGCGUCUUGAUCGCCAUCCAUCAUAGAACAAGCACUUACACUAGGAUCGUUGGGCUCAAGAAGAGCAACCUUGAUUCCCUCCUCCUUAAAGUAUCCCUUGGCCUGGGCUAGGUACAGCGGCGCAUGGUAAGGCGUAGCGUGCCUAACAACAGUCAACACAAGUUCGUUUUCUAAAGCAAGUCAGUUGUACCAGUUGGUGAGGAAAGUGAUCUUAUCAGUCGACAUGAUGAAAGAUCAAGUGGUGUACUGCUAGGGUUAGUUCCCGGUCACCCGGAGCAAGGGGGGGAUGUCAAGAAGCAUGUCCUUUCGCUGGUAUUAUCCAGAUCAAGUUCGCCGGUAUUUCUCAGAUCAACUGCCCUGCUCUGCCUGUCCUCAAUCACCAUGUGAAGUCACCACCAUUGAAGGUGAAUGAGACAUGCUGUGAGAUGAGGGGAGGUACAGAGCAUAGAGGCAAUUGAACACCCGGAUGCGUUCUUUUAAACGUUACCUUGAUACAUGGUAAUAAUUGCGAAGAGAGCCAUUGCUCCUUAGUCGUGCGCUGUCACAUCGUACCGAAAGUUAUGUGAGUAGUGUUCGAAACAAAGUUACUAAAUUGAGACAAGAUAACUGUCAAAGAAUUGAGUUGAAGGACAAGAGUUGAGAAUGGCAGAGGAUGCGUAUUAAUAUAUGAAUGCCUCAUCAACCCCUCAGCGGGGUUGAUGCAUCCUACUUGAGCUCAACGUCAUUGUAAUGUGGGCAUAUGUACGGAAAUGAAAGUCUUAUUGGCUAUCGGUUAUCAAUGGUGAGUAGUAAUGUAACAACAAAUGGCUCAGUUUUGAUGAUAAAGACUUCAGGAGCCCUUCACGGCUCGGCUUAACAUGUCGAGGCGUGGGGCUCGUUGCAGUAGGGUCAACUCUAUGCAGAUUGUCAACAUGAUAUGAUACCAAAACACGAAUUGAAAUGCAAAUAUCAG